AUGUGUGCAGCAACAAGACGUUUACAAAAGGAGCUCGCUGGGAUGAAGGAGCCGCCUGUGAAGGAUAUGUUUAAGAUGGACGACCCUGAAGAUAACAUCACGUCUUGGACUGGUCUCCUUUACCCUGCAAGCAUCUCUGACAGUCCCCCAUAUGACAAAGGUGCCUUCAAAAUUUCAAUUAAUUUUGGUGCGGAAUACCCUAUCAAGCCACCGAAAUUGGUCUUCAAAACGCCAAUAUAUCACCCCAAUGUGGAUGAAAAGGGACAAAUCUGUUUUCCCCUGAUAGAUCCUGGGAAUUGGAAGCCGGCAACAAAAAUUGUUGAUGUGAUUCAGGCCUUGCAAGCCUUGGUUGCGAAUCCAGAGAUAGAGCAUCCCCUUCGCGCAGAUUUGGCAGAGGAGUAUCAGAAAGAUCGUGCCUCUUUCAACAAGAAGGCUGCAGAGCACACGGCGCUGUAUGCCCUCAAGCGCUGA